AUGGCGACCGAGUUGACCGUCCAGUCGGAACGUGCGUUCCAGAAGCAGCCUCACAUCUUCCUCAACGCUAAGACCAAGGCAAAGAGCAAGCGCGUUGGAAAGGGCCGGAGAUGGUACAAGGAUGUUGGUCUGGGAUUCCGUACUCCCAAGACCGCUAUCGAGGGCAGCUACAUUGGUAUGGACGACCUACAACAACUCUUGAUUCCUUCGGAUACCCACCCCGGCGCAACCACUAUAAAAAAUCGGAGAUGGCUAAUAUCAAACCCAACAGACAAGAAGUGCCCCUUCACUGGUGGUGUCUCUAUCCGUGGCCGUAUCUUGACCGGUACCGUCGUUUCCACCAAGAUGCACCGUACUCUGAUCAUCCGUCGCGAGUACCUUCACUACAUCCCCAAGUACAACCGUUACGAGAAGCGCCACAAGAACCUGGCUGCUCACGUCUCCCCUGCCUUCCGUGUUGAGGAGGGUGACCAGGUUACCGUUGGACAGUGCCGUCCCCUGAGCAAGACUGUCCGCUUCAACGUUCUCCGCGUCCUGCCCCGCACUGGCAAGGCCGUCAAGAAGUUCAGCAAGUUCUAAGCGUCUCGAGCAUGGAUGACUGGGGGAAUAAUGAUGUCAGGACAAAGUAGGCUGGGAUGGCCACAU